CAAACCAAUGCAUUUCUUCGUGCAAUACGUGAUAACUGAUCAGCUGAUAUUGGUAUUAUUUAGUUACUUUGUAGUAACUGUUAUAGUGAAAGACAACUAACGGUUUAUCAAAUAACAUCAAAAUGAACAUCAUUAAAAAUACAUUUGAAAUAAAUUUAAUGGAAACGACAAUAUCUCAAGUAACAUGACAAAAAACGUAUCGUUAUAUCGUACUAACGUUUAUAAAACUUAGGUUAGAAAAAAUAAACAAUAACGUUUAAACGAUGGAAGAAUAUAUGCAUUUGUGGAAAGGUGUUGAUAAAUUAUCAUUUACGUUUGGCAGUAAGCCUAAUGGUGUAGUCAACAAGUUAAUUGUCAUCAAGGAUUACAUUUUUGUAGCAACCAGUGAUAAUUAUUUAUAUUACGGUGAAGUAUUAUUGGAAGAUGAUAAAUUUCCAACGCUUACUCUUAAAAGAGCUCAAUUUGAUGCAGUUGAUAUUGCAUCUAAUACCGAUUAUUUAUUCAUUAUUAAUUCCAAAGGUCAUGUAUUAAAAGUUAAUCCUUAUGAUUUGAACGUCGUUGAAACAAUUAUUCUUAAAGAGGAUCCAAAAUGUUGUAGUCAUGGAUAUAGACAAGAAAAUGAAAUAAUUAAAGUUAAAUCGAUAGCAGUUAAUGAUACUUCAGCGUUGUUCGUUACUGAAAAUGGACAACUUUGGGCAAGCGGAAAUCAACCAGAGAUAGAUAUUAAUAGUACAGAACCUAAGAAAGUGAAAUUUUUUGAUGGAAGAACCAUAACUCAGGUUGCAUGCGGCUCUAAUUUUAAUGUUGCUACUGUAAGGAGACAGACUAAAACUAUAAGAGAUGAUACUGAUAGUGAAAAUGAAUUAGAAGAAGAAAUUUUUGUUAAUUCAUGUCCACAAUGUCUCAAUAAUAUUAUGUUAAGUCCUGCUAGCAUAACAUCGUCGGAUACUUGCCCAAUGGGACUCCAUGUUCAACAAUUUAGCGAAGAUCGUUCUACUAAUUCUAUUAGUGCUUUAUCUACUGCCAGUAAGGAACACGAUAUACCUCUUCUCGAAGAAUGUGAUAGAAAAGAUCAUAAUGUUGUUACAGAAGAAGACGAGGAAAAAGAUUCAAUGAAUAUUUCAGAAUUAGAUAAGGAGGAAAAGAAGAAUUUAAUUUUUAUAAAUAGAGAAGCAGCAAAACAGUUCUUAUCCAGACAAUUAUCUUGGGUCUCAUCUUAUGGAAGUGUAAAGGAAGAGCUCAUCGAUAAUACAGAUAAUCCAACCAAAUUAAUCAAGCAAAAUGUUUCUAAUAUGGCUAGUUUUGUAUAUGAAGGUGUAAAAAAUGUGGGUGGUAAAGUUGUUACUCUCUCAAGACAUAUGAGUGGAAGUUCAGAUAUUAACGAAUUCAAAGAGGACAAUAUUGAACAAGUAGAAGAACAAGCAGCUGGAGAAUUGUCUAAGCCUGGUACAAAUAAUUUAACACCACUUAGUUUACGUUGCGAAGAAUUUCCUUGGUCGUCAAGUACUGGAUCAUUGGAACAUGAAUUAUCGCAGCAAGGAUUAAACGAAAGAAUUAGUGUUCUGUCUCGUACAGGUAGCAAUAUAUUAUCCACUGAACUUUGGACGUGGGGUGAUGUGCAAUAUGGACAAUUAGGGACAGGAGAUAAUAUUAAACGAGUAAGGCCAAUACUGGUAGCAAAACUCAACAACACAGGUCUUAGAAAAAUUGCCUGUGGUGCAUUCCAUGUUAUUGCAUUGACUUUAGAUGGUAGAGUAUUUGUUUGGGGAAGAAAUAAUUUCAAACAAGUUACAUUAAAUUCAACGACAGAUCAAAGUGCACCUCAGUUAUUUAGUACAAAUUUAUAUUCUAAUGAAAGAGCAAAAGAUAUAGCAGCUGGUUCUGCUCAUAGUUUAAUAAUGAUGCAUCAUGGUUUAUAUUUCAUGGGACAGUCAAGUAAAACUGCUGAAAUGUUUCAAUUGGAUGUAAGAUCAAUUAAACCAUCGAGCACAAAACAAAUUUUUAGUUCUGGACAAUACAGUUGUUGUUCCUUUUUAAACGAACCUGCAAUAAAUAUAAAUGAAGAUUUAGUGAAUAAUCAAAUAUUUUUAGAACAGAUGAUAACAGUUUAUCAAAAUUUAAUAAAACCAUUUCAAAAAAAAGUGGGUGCAACACAAGAAUCAAAUGUAUAUGAAACUAUGUGCCGUUGUUAUACAGAACUAUUGAAUUUCAGUGUACUUAAUGUUGUUAGUCUAUGGGAUUAUUUUCAACAUAUUAAACAGGCAUAUGAAGUUGUAAUAAUAGCUAAUAUAGAAGAAUAUUACACAGUUUAUAAAUAUUAUCUAAAUGUAAUUUGUGAUAUUAUUUCUUUUGGUGGCUUUAUAUACAUUGCAAAAAUAAUAGAAGUACCCAAGAUAGUGUCAAAUUUAUUUAUAGAUAAAAUGAAAGGAAAUGGAACGAAAAAAGUAAACAAUGAAAUUGCGAUAACCAUGGCAUUGCAGCAUCCAUUGAAGAAUCUCGACAGGUACAAAAAUAUGAUUCAAAGUUUAAUGAGAAGUAAUGGACAACAAAUGGGUAUCGAGAGAUUGCACGAUGCACUUUUGAAAUGGGAACAAUUGUGCGACGAACAAGAAAAACGACAAAAAGAAGCUGAAACUACGAGAUCAUUUUGGGAAAAUUCUGGAAAAGUAGGAGAAUUAUUGAGAUCACCUGAGAGAAGACUUAUCAGAGAAUCACGUUCACAUCCUAUAGCAUUAUUCAAUUCUGGAAGAUUUUCAACACAUUGGUUUAUUUUGUUAACCGAUAUAUUUAUCCAUGUUAGUGGAGCUUAUCAUACGGUGCAUCCACUUAAAACUCUAUGGGUUGAAUUAUUACCAGAUUCUGAAUCUUUACAGAAUGCUAUUUCAAUAAUAACACCGGAAGAUAGUUUUGUAUUAUACACUCCAACACCUUCUGAACGUAAUGAUUGGUUGCAUGCUUUACAAAAUGCAAUUAAAUGCAGUCUACAGAGAGUAAUUGGAAAUACUCCCCCAUUAGUACGUUCAACCUCAUUCUCUUUCACAAAGCACAGUCUUUUCAAGGAUGCAAAAUAUAUUGGCCGUUGGUUAAAUGGUAAACCACAUGGAUCUGGAAAAUUAGAAUGGUCUGAUGGUCGAGUAUACACUGGUCAGUUUCAUAAAGGUGUUAUUUGUGGCAGCGGUAAAAUGGAAAUUCCAGCUCAAGGUAUAUACGAAGGGCAAUGGAAAGAUAGUCAACAAAAUGGUUUUGGAACUAUGAAAUAUGUAAACGGGGAUAUUUACGAAGGAUAUUUUAAAGAUGGAUUACCACAUGGGCAUGGUGUUAAAAAGGAAGGUCACUUUAUGGCUUCUGUAGCAUCAGUUUAUAUCGGAGAAUGGACUGCAGGUGUUAAACAGGGAUAUGGUAUUAUGGAUGAUAUCAUGACUGGAGAAAAAUAUUUAGGAUCAUGGAACAAUGAUAUGAAACAUGGUUCUGGAUUGAUAGUCACACCUGAUGGUAUUUAUUAUGAAGGUGCCUUUAGUCAAGAUGUCCUAAUGGGCUAUGGAGUUAUGGUGUUUGAAGAUGGUACACAUUACGAAGGAGAAUUUAAAUCUGCAGGAAUAUUUUGUGGAAGGGGUGUUCUAACGUUUCGCAGUGGUGACAGAUUGGAAGGUAAUAUAAAUGGAGCUUGGAAUGAAGGUGUGAAAGUUGUAGCUACUUUACAUAUCAAUAAAGCUAGUGGAAAUGUUUCGACUAAUUCUAAACCGAUAUCUUUUGGUAAAUUAUGUGUAGCACCAGAUCAAAAAUGGAAAGCUAUAUUUAAACAAUGCUAUCAACAGCUUGGUGUAACUGAAACAAUAGCUAAAGCUAGCUUCAAUGAAAAGUUCGUAGAGACGCAGAAAGCUUGGCAAAAUGUAGCAUCAAUAAUAACGAAAUCUCAUCAAAAGACAUUGCAAAGAAAAAAGAUAUCUGGUAAUACGUCUACUAAUAAAGAUAAAAAUAACGAAAAUAUUGAUCAAUUGGAUAAAAUACCAUGUUUUGGUAAAGACAAACUUACCAUACAAAGUUAUAAAGAAGUACAUAAAUAUUUGGUACAAGCAUUUGAAAGUCCACAUCAUCCGUUGGGUGCACUAUUGACAGAAAUUGCUACAGUUUAUACAGCAACUUAUGGCGGUGUAAGAGUACAUCCUCUUUUAUUAAGCCAUGCUGUUACAGAACUUCACAGUGUUACGUUAAGAAUUUAUGAUAUUGUGACAUUAUUAUUUCCUGCAUUAUUAAGAGGUGGUAAGGAAUACGUUUUAGGAUCUGAAGAUGAUGAUAAAAAUGAAGGGCAAGUAAUAAGUGCACCUGCUAUAUUACAUCCAAUAUUAUUGCCACGUGUGCAUUCUGCUCUUUUCGUAUUGUAUGCUUUACAUAAUAAAAAGGAAGAUGAUGCCUAUUGGGAAAGAUUAAUGAAAUGGAACAAACAAUCAGAUAUAACUUUAAUGACAUUUUUAGACAUUGAUCAAAAAUUUUGGAAGGAAGUGGCAACAACUAAUUUUGGGGAAAAUUCAUAUCAGAAAGAGUCACAUUUUAGUGAAGCCAUAGAAGCAUUACAGCAAUUAAAAACAACUUUUUCUCCAUUAGAAAAAUUACUCGUUCUUAAAAAUACCUUUGAACAAAUGACACAAGCAGUUCAAAAACAUUUAGGUUCAGCGUAUAUAUGGACGAUGGAUGCAUUAUUCCCAGUAUUUUGUUUUGUUGUAGUACGUGCUAGUGUAUUGCAAUUAGGUAGUGAAAUACAUUUUAUCGAAGAUUUUAUGGAACCACAUUUACAAAAUGGAGAACUAGGAAUUAUGUUUACCACGUUGAAGGCAUGUUAUUAUCAAAUACUGCAAGAAAAAACGAACGCCGUUGAUUAAAAUAUUUAUAAUAUUAAAUAAUAGUCAAAAUGAACACAAGUGCAU